GCGGAUGCCAUAUUGGAACGAGCCUGCCGCGGGUGCGGGCGCAGGCACGGCCGGGCUCCGCUCCGCGCAGCACCGCGCACCGCUCCGCGGGGGGAAAAACGGGAAAAACACCCCAAAAUAAGCCAAACUCGCACAGCUUGUCCUCCUUGCUUCAGGAUGAAUUAGGAGGGCAAAGCCUCUUCCUGUGAGCCAUGGAGACGAGGGCAUCCUUCAUUGCCAGCAUGAGAGAGACCCAGCAGCUCUCCCCAGAGCAGGAUCCCAGCCCAGCCAAUGGUGAUGGGGAGCAGUUUGAUUCAGAUGAGGGCUCCAGCAUUGAGGAUGCAGACUUCAACUGGGACGAGUUCCUGGAGGAAACAGGAGCCAGUGCUGCUCCCCACACCUCCUUCAAACAUGUUGAAAUCAGCCUUCAGAGCAGUUUCCAGCCAGGGAUGAAACUAGAAGUGGCCAACAAGAGCAGCCCAGACACCUACUGGGUGGCCACCAUCAUCACCACGUGCGGGCAGCUCCUGCUGCUGCGCUACUGCGGCUACGGCGACGACCGCAGGGCUGACUUCUGGUGUGACGUGAUGACAGCAGACCUGCACCCCGUGGGCUGGUGCACACAGAACAACAAGGUCCUGAUGCCUCCAGAGGCAAUCAAGGAGAAAUACAUGGACUGGACAGAGUUUCUCAUCCAGGAUCUGACCGGCGCCAGGACAGCCCCUGCGAAUUUGCUGGAAGGUCCUCUGCGAGGAAAAAACCCUGUAGACCUCAUUACAGUUGAUUCCUUAAUAGAGCUGCAGGAUUCCCAGAAUCCCUUUCAGUACUGGAUAGUUAGUGUGGUUGAAAAUGUUGGAGGAAGAUUACGCCUUCGCUAUGUGGGAUUGGAGGAGACUGAAUCCUAUGACCAGUGGUUGUUUUACUUGGAUUGCAGACUUCGACCAGUCGGUUGGUGUCAAGAGAAUAAAUACAGAAUGGACCCACCUGCAGAUAUCUGUUCUCUGAAGACUAUAACUGAGUGGAAAUGCGCUCUGGAAAAAUCCCUUAAUGAUGCAGCAAAUUUUCCUCUUCCAAUGGAAGUGUUCAAGGACCAUGCUGAUUUGAGAAACCACUUCUUCACUGUGGGGAUGAAGCUGGAGGCAGUGAAUAUGAGGGAGCCAUUUCAUAUCUGUCCUGCAUCAGUGACCAAGGUUUUUAACAAUCAUUAUUUACAAGUGACCAUUGAUGACUUGAGACCUGAACCCAGCAAAAUCUCAAUGCUUUGCCAUGCAGAUUCCUUGGGGAUCUUGCCAAUACAGUGGUGCCUUAAAAAUGGAGUCAAUCUCACACCUCCCAAGGGUUACUCUGGCCAGGACUUUGACUGGGCAGACUACCAGAAGCAGUGUGGAGCUGAGGCAGCACCUCACCUGUGCUUUAGAAAUACAUCCUUCAGCCGUGGCUUCACCAAGAACAUGAAGCUGGAGGCAGUGAACCCCAGGAAUCCUGCAGAGAUUUGUGUGGCUUCCAUCACCUCAGUGAAAGGACGGCUGAUGUGGCUGCACCUGGAAGGUUCACAGAUGCCCUCUCCAGAGUACAUUGUUGAUGUGGAGUCUAUGGACAUUUUCCCUGUUGGCUGGUGUGAAGCAAAUGCUUAUAACCUCACCCCACCACACAAAGCUGUUUUGCGAAGGAAGAGGAGAAUUGCAGUUGUGCAACCAGAAAAACCGUUACCAUCCACAGUGCCUGUUGAGAAAAUACCUCAUGACCUCUGCCCAGUUCCUCAGCUAGACACAACAGGCACCAUCAAUGGGAGAUACUGCUGCCCCCAGCUCUACAUCAACCACCGCUGCUUCUCAGGUCCUUAUUUAAACAAAGGCAGGAUUGCAGAGCUACCUCAGUCUGUGGGCCCUGGCAAGUGUGUGCUGGUCCUCAAGGAGGUUCUCAGCAUGGUGAUCAAUGCAGCUUACAAGCCAGGGAGUGUUUUACGAGAACUGCAGCUUGUGGAAGACCCUCAGUGGAAUUUCCAGGAGGAAACACUUAAAGCAAAGUACAGGGGGAAGACGUACAGGGCGACCGUGAAGAUCGUGCGCACGUCGGACCAGGUGGCAGAUUUCUGCAGGAGGGUCUGUGCCAAGCUCGAGUGCUGCCCCAACCUCUUCAGCCCUGUGCUGGUGGCUGAAGUCUGCCCCGAGAACUGCUCCAUCCACACCAAAACCAAGUACACUUAUUAUUAUGGGAAGAGGAAGAAAAUCAUUAAGCCACCAAUUGGGGAAAAUAACAACAUGAAAAGUGGCCAUGUCAAGCCAGCCAGACGCAGAAAGAGGCGGAAAUCCAUCUUUGUGCAGAAGAAAAGGAGAUCAUCAGCUGUGGAUUCCAAUGCUGCAGGCUCUGCAGAGGAGAGCGAGGAGGACGAGGCGGACGCGAUGGAGGAUGAGACGGGCAGUGAGGAGACGAGCUCGGAGCUGCGCGAUGACCAGACGGACACGUCCUCGGCCGAGGUGCCCUCUGCCCGGCCCCGCAGAGCCGUCACCCUGCGCGCCAGCACCGAGCUGGACAGGCCACCUGCCACCGAGAGAGCCCGCCGCAGCCGCAGAGCCCAGCCCCACUCCUGCAGCGAGGCAGACAAGGGCACGCCCCCCAAGGAAGAAAUUAAGCAAGAAGAGGAAGAGAAGCUCGUCCUGGACAGUAACCCACUGGAGUGGACUGUGACUGAUGUCGUGAGGUUUAUCAAACUCACCGACUGUGCACCCCUUGCCAAAAUAUUUCAGGAGCAGGACAUCGAUGGCCAGGCUCUCCUGUUGCUGACACUGCCCACAGUGCAGGAGUGCAUGGAGCUGAAGCUGGGCCCAGCCAUCAAACUGUGCCACCAGAUCGAGAGAGUAAAAGUUGCUUUCUAUGCACAAUAUGCCAACUGACUGCACUUCUGCAUUCCUUCCUGUCCCCCUCCUUGUUCCCUGUCUUUUUUACCAUUUCAGCUUGUUCAAGGGGUUUUCUUCCCCCAAAUCCUUUUUCUUUUCUGAGAACAAGUGGAAUUGGAAGCACUGGGAGCAAUCCAUGGGGGGAAGAAAAACAAACACAGAAAGAAACAAGCUACAAAUGGAACUAACUUUUCUGUACUUGUAAAGCACAUGGAAAGACUGUUGGCAUCUCUCCUCAUGAGCCUCUCACACCCAUUGCCCAGUGGUGCAAGGCCAGCACAGAUCAGGUGAUUUGUCACCAAACCAAACCUACCAGUGGCAGACACAUUCCCAAGGAGAAGGGUCAGAUGUUUCCAGGUGGUCAUGGUUUGUCUGGGACAAUUUCUGGACAUGAACAUUUCUUUUAGACAGCUCUGACACUCUUCUUUCAUAUUGAAAUGUAAAUCAUCAUUUGUAGCAUUACCUGGGGUUUAACUGCCAGUUUGAUCUUGGUGAUCUUGCAGUGAUCUUUUUUUUUUCCCCAACCUCUCUGGUUUUACAAAAGGAAAAGGUGUUACACCAGGCAUAUAAUGAUUAUUCCUGGCUGAAUUUUGAAAGGGGACUCAACCCGUGGUGUCUGUGAUACCAGACAAAAUUGCAGUGGACUGACAGGGGUGACACAAGACCUGGUGGGGCAGCAGCACACCCUGAGCCAUGCUGGCUCUGCACAAUCAGCUGAAAAUCUCUGUGAUGGGAUCUGUACAGUGCUCCAUUCUUUACAGGAGCAUGAAGUCAAAAAUCUUAACUCCAAGUCAAUUUAAAGACCUGUCUUUGAGCCAUAUGGUGACAGCAGAUGGGGAUCAGGGACUCCUGCUGACCCCUGUGCUCAGAAGAACCUACUGACCAACACCGGGCUGCAGCUGCUGCUUUUCCUUGAUUGGUUUCCUUCUUAAAUUCUUUGGAGAAGAGAGAGGACCUUCAGAUAUAAAUACUCUGGAAUACAUCCAGAUCUUGCCCAGAGGGUGUUUUAGGCAAGAAGCAUUGACCCUGCCAUGCAUCACUUGGGAAUUCCUGGCUUGCCUUUCAGCAAGUUUCCUGAUUUGUCACUGAGGAAUGGGAUUGGUGCAACUGCUGCAGCCUGGACCAGAUGCUGAGACUUCAUCAGAAAUGUUCUUACAUGGGAGAUGAGCAGGACUGAUCUGUUCUCAGCUGUUGCUUUGUUCUGAUGAUCUUCUUCAAGUUUUAAUUGGUUCAAGGCAGUUUUGGUUGCCUUUGCAUCAAAUGCUGUGGUUUUGUUCUUCAGAAAUCCAGAAACAGGGUUCUGUAGUGGGGCAGAUAUUAAAAAACUGGGGUUUAGACUGGAUUUCCUGCUGAUAGUGAAAUGUGUCAGUGCAACUGAUUUGGUAACUACUUUGGAUCCCUCUCAGGGUCCCCUGAAAGUGUUGCUCAGUGUUUCACCUCCGAAGACUGAAGGAUUGCACCCAGAAAAGUGAGAGAACAGCUGAGAAAAUCAGGGAGCCUGCUUCUCCCAGCUCCUCCUCACUUCAGCCCAGUCCUGGUGUUACAUCUGUCAGCAGGAGACAGCUCCUGGGAGGAUUCUGUCAGGAGAACUGGUGCAUGAGGACAUCCCAAGGAAGAGAAGCAGAAGGGGCUGUGUGCUAAACAGCAUCCCAGCACUGAUCCUUUACUUGUCAAACCCAGCUUCUUCUGCUGCUCUGAUGUUCUUGGAGUUUCUGGCCUCUGGGAUUUGUCAGAGACAUUUCAUGCCUUCUGGGAUGCACUGCAAAAAUGCCAUUUUUUGUCUCCAUCAGCCUUGUAACUGUAGAUAUUCCUAUGGCAGCUAAUUCCUUGUGGAGGCAUGACUGGGGAGCAAACACACACAGACUCUGAGAGCAACCAGCUCUAGUGCUGGCCAGUCAAGGAAUGGGUGAAGCAUUGAGCCAAGAACAUGGGAAUCUUUACUGGCUGUUCAGGGAAGUUAAAUCAUAUUCAAAACUCAAACUAUUAAACAACAACGAAAAAGUUUUAAUUUUAUCUCGCACUGGCUCUUUUAUUUCUGGAGAUUUCUCUCUCACUAUUUGUCUUUCACUUUAUUCCUCUUCAGGUUGCCUCAUUUUUCACUUUCUGUCCUCUCAGAGAAGUUGAUAACCUGAAAUCUUUAUGCUAGAAUUACCUUGGAUGAUAAAUGCUUUACUAUUUCUUUUUAGCCUGCAGGUUGGGAAGAGAUACAGGAUUGGGAUAUUGUUGUCUUUUGCAUUGGUUGCUUUCCAGAAAAACUGGAGCUGAACUUCUUAGGCCAUUUCUUACACAAGUGGACAAUGAGUGGUGUGGAGUUUAACUGGACAAAGUGCUCAGAUUGAACAGAGAUCAGAAGGAACUAAUUACCUUUGCCUGGACCUAAUUUCAAUUCUGGAACAUCAGUAAAGCUUUGGAGUAAUGUGCUUCAAAGGAGAUGAUGGGAAUCCAGUCUUGCUGCAGUAAAAUGCCACUUUACUUUGCAGUGUACAAGUGCAAACCACUGUAAGUUUGUGGGAUUUUUUUGUUCCAGACCUGAUUGAGUCUAAGUUUUUUUGUUCCAGACCUGAUUGAUUCAGAGCUGCUGCAGUUCCACAGAUGCUCUAAUGACAGUGGUGAAGCCACAUCUCCCCUCCCUGUUGUGAAUUUGGCAUCCAGACCUGAAGUUUGUUGUGUUACCAGCUGCAAAAUGCCACUGCUGAGAAGUGCUGAACUCAUGGUUAUCCCAGGCCACUGCCAAGGACUGGGGAGCAGCCCUGCUGUUAUUUCUGGGCUGUUGGAUGCUGACCUUCAGCAUACUGACACAGACACUUUGCUGCCACAGGAAGGCUGUGCAGGUGUUCCUGGAAUCUCUUUGGGCACAGGACCAAAGAUGAGUGGUUUUGGAACAAAACCAGGGGGCUGAAGAGUGUAUGGUGCCUGCUCAUCUUGAUCUGCACUGGCUUCUUUGGAGCUUGCACUCAGUCAGGCUGAACAGAUCCAUGGGCAGGUCCCUGCUCCCUUCACAGCCCUUACCUUGGCAGAAUCAGCCAGUUCCCAUUUUUCAGACCCAAAGCAUCCAUCUCUGAAAUUGGAUUAAAUCAUUGUCUUAAGGAAUGUCCAUGAUUUCCUGCUUGGUUGUACUUGUACUGCCUUCUUCCUGCUGUCAUGUAUGCUCUUCAAGAAAAAUGGUAUUUGAUUUCAGGGCUUUUUUUCAUUUUCAGCUCACAAACACAACUGCCAGAAUGACCAAACCCUGGCUUUUCCUACCUCUCAGAGGCAUGAAGGCUUCUCAGCUCUAGGAGGAUUUCAGGGUUUCCAGCUCUUUUGUGUUAUCCAUAUUCCAUAACCCUUGAUAGUUUGGUCCUAAACCUCCUAAAAAUGCUAUGUGCCCUCAGAAAACACCAAAAUCCAGGCACACCCUGUCCUUAGUGAAUUACUCAGUAGUUGCAUGUCCAUGCUGAGAUGGCCUGACCCACCCUAACAGAUGUAUUUGGAUGCCUGGUGGGAUUUAAAAAGUUUCUCAGUGGGACACCUAAACUCCUUUAUUUUACUCUGGGCAAACAGCUGAUUUGCCUUAAACUGGAAAGUCACCAUUCCUUGGCUUUAACCUUCAGCCUGUUGCAGUCCCAGUUUGUGUGGUGUCCCUAUCUCAGCCUUUUGAAGGCAAACCAGGCAAUUUUGGGCUGCCAUCAUCAAAAUUUAGUCACCUUAAAGCCUGCCUUGAUCUUUUCAGGGCACAAAAUCAAAUUUGGCAGAGCUGCUGUGCCAUCUCAGUGUUCCAGAAGCUUGUACAAUCAGGGCACUUCAAAUACUUUGUGCUUUUCUGGUGCAGUGCAUGUAGAAAACUCUGAACUCAGAGUGUUCCUCUCAUUUCCAAAUUCAAGUGCCAAAAGAGAACAACAUGCUGCAACUGAACACCAUUAAAACCAGCUUUAUUAUGCACGGAUAAAUACAGUCCCAAGGGCUCCAUUUUGGUGCUAAGAUAUGUCACGCUGUAUUUUCCAUUGCUUGGGAUUGCAAAGCUGAUUCCUUACUCCAGGAAAUAUUUUCUGUAAUCUGCAACAUCUUGAACAUUAGAUUUCUUUUUUUUUUUUUUUUUUUUUUUUUUUGUGACUGUACACUUUUUUAACUUGGAUACACUCAACAAAUACUCCUUCACUCACAAUACUGGGUGUUUAGAAGAUGUUUUAUACAGUAUAUUUAUGUAAAAAUUCUUUCAAACUGUGGAUGCAUGUUUUUUUUCCCCCUCAAUAAUAUUCUUUAUCACAUCAGCUGACCCAGAACUAAAGGAAUCUGUUACUCAGGAUUUGAUCCAGAAAUAACUGAGGUUAGUGUUAGGGCCCUCAAGACGUGUGGGUUGUGGGACCAAUUCCUCACCAGUUUCUCUCACGUAGAUGUCAAAUGUCUGCACUUAAUUAACAGAAAAUGUAAUGCCUCCUUCUCCUAGCAGGCAGAAAUGCAGCUGCAGUCUGUCAGACUUCACAAGAGAGGGCUUGUGUCCUUAGGUGCUCAUGAACUCCCUAUAAAGGAGCAGAAGCCUUUAAUGGUCUCAUUUAUUCUUUGGUACAAUACUCCAGCAAGAAGUGUAAAUGCUGUUAAUGGCUGCAUCUAGAAUAUGAGCCAGUCAUCAAAGAUGAGAAUUUUAUAGCCCAGCAGUGCUUUAAAUGUCAGCUGUCCUGCAGAAUAAGAGUGGGUUUGCAGUGAUUUGGUGCCAUGCGCAGGAAUUCUCUUGCAGAAGACACAUGAACUGCACAAACCUGGGUCAUAGUUACAAAUACUCGUGGCCUGCCUUUUUUUUUUGUCUAUCGUGGUAAUUUGCAGUGAAAAAGGUAAGUCUUGAUCACUGCCAAGGAUGUGGGAGAGGAGAGAGAGGCCUUCAAGAGGAGAGAGCCUGGAGUUCUGGACUUGAGUUGUCUUUGUGGAGAGGGAUAACUCCCCUCUCAGAACGGGAGCACAGCUGGGUUCUGUGAGCAUCAUCCCUGAAAGCUUUUCUUUUUCACAGCAGAGAUGGUUUUUUAGUCCCAGCAGGGGCCAGGUGAGAAGAGGGAAGGAAGCUGGCAGUAGAGUCAGAGCUGCAAUACUGAAAGGUUCUAAUUUUUUUUUUCCCAGUGAAGAUAGAGAAAUCUGACUCAGAUACCUCUAGGCUCUUUGGCUGGAUAGGUGGGAAAAUCAGUCCGUCUUCAUUGUACCCAACUCCUCUGUGUCUUCUGGAGUUUGGGACCUGAAGACUUUCCUCUUGCACCUUCCAGACCUCCAUAGGAAAUACCAAGCAAAAACUUGAGCUCUCUCCCACAGGAAAAGGUGACACUGCCCUGAGUUCAGGUUGUGGAUGUGCAGAACCCUCUGCUCUGUGUUGAGAUUUGACAGGAUGAAAAUGCUCAUUCCCAGGGCACCCCACCUGCUUCUUGUUGCUCCAGCCUCAGUGGAGAUUAUGGACAUAUAAAUGUCUGUAAUUUAUACGUUGUAAAUGUGUGCAUUCCAUUUCCCAGUCCCUGUUCUGCCAGACCUGGUCAGGAUGUGCCAAGUUGUUCCAGCAGCCUUCACCUUCAGGGACCUGCUUUCUGGAAAACACCUGGGGAAUGGUACCAUGACACUUUGACAUGCACAGGCAGGGGUGCCCUGUGUGUUCCAAGGGAGGUGAAAGUCUCAAAUGCAGCCUUGGAGGGCAGUUGAGUCUUUUCAUGUGCCUUGUGUAGGACAAGGCAAGCACUUAAACCCUCCUGUCCCUCAUGGAGCAGCAGGAAUUGGCUCCACAACCAGCAGUUACCCUCCAUUCGUGGUGGUGCAUGUUGGAAAACUUUGAAUUGUUCUGCAUUCCAGUUUGUACUGAAGGUUUUGACUCCAAGUUUGUGUACAUAAUCCCUUUGGUGUGUUGAUACAUAUGUGUGUAUAUAUAUAUGUAUAUAUAUAUGUGCGUGUAUAUGUAUGUGUAUAUAUAUAUAUACAUAUAAAUCAAUCAAUGCUGGUGUUUUUACUUUUUCAAGUUCCCAGGGCGAAGGGCAUGUUGUCAGUUUGCUGUAAGAUUCUAUUCUGUAUAUAUGUUUCCAUGUAAAUAAGUGAAAAUCUAUAUUCAGAGUUAUAUUUUAAUUUUUAUUCAGAAUUAAAUCCCUUUUUACUUGAAACAGUUGUAAGCCACGUUGUUAAUAAAGUAACAAUAAGUCA